GGAUGAAUUGCUGAUUAUUAAACGUGAAUCGAAAUCGGCGCAAUGAUACCUAGAAUGGAGCGAAGCGUUGCACAUCUGGUCGCUGGAAUUCUAAUAAUUAAACAACUGAAUUGUCAAAUCUGCAAUUUGGGGAUGCAUCAUAGAAUGGGAACCUCUCUAUCGACAAUAUACGUGUAUAGUGGCAUCUCCAAGACUACGCCAGAAAAAGCCUUGGAUGGAAAAUAUUAUGUCCAUCAUCUGGACUGUGCAAACUCAGAUGAUACUAAAGCUUAUAGAGAAGCUUGGUGGGAGGUCACCUUGAAGUCCAUCUCAAAGAUCUUCAAGGUCAACCUUGUCUUCAGGGAGGUCUUUGUCCGCCAUGCUGGUUAUUACCUCUUCAUAACAAAUCAGACAGUGAACGCUAGUGACUUGAUCCAUCUUGACCCUGUGUACCAUGACGAGGAACCAAGUCCAAGCCAACAGAACACCAUCAUAUUCCCUGCGGGUCACAGCGGUGUUCAGGUGUAUCUCUACAUCAACCAUUCCAACCCUACCACCACCAGCCACGCCAUCAUUGAGCCAUGUGAGGUGGAAAUUUACGGCUGCGUUGAAGAUGACAUCAGUGGGUGUGCUUGCACCAAUACCUCCAUUGACGGAAAUCCCACCGUUCUUUGGAACACCAGUGUGGUCUUUGACAAAGGAUCCCUGGCACUCACUUGUGAUGACGCCUACCUAUCCAUCAUGAAUAUGUCGGAUUUAGUGGAACACGAAAAUUUUACAAUGCUAUUGGACUGUGACGGAAAACAACAAUGCACAAUUGAUCCCAAAUUCAUGCAAAACAUAUCACUGAGUUUCUAUUGCCAGGGUAGAUGUUUAAAUGAAAUCUAUGCAAACGCUUUUUUCAAAAAUGGUGUCGUCGAAGAUUUGGGAGUAGAAUACCAACCAAACGCCAGUAAUCCAUUUACUGCUUUCCUAAAGUCACGUGUUUACGACUGUGAUGAACACUACAUUCUAACCAGCGGGAAUCUAACGCGUCAGUGUUUGGAGCUGGGAAGUUGGUCGGGUGAAGAUCCUGUAUGCAAUGUUACCUGUCAAGAUCCCCCUCAUGAGAACAGCACUACUACCCGUACAACAAAUUCCUCCACGGUAUAUUUUGAGGACUAUAUUGUAUCAUACACAUGUAAAGAAAACCAUCGACACGUUCUUGGAAAUCUAACCAGAGUUUGUAACGGGAGUGGUGAUUGGACAGGAGAACAGCCUGUCUGUAAACCUUGCAUGUGCCCAUGUGACAGGAUUAGAUCACAAAACUUCAUCCACGAUCCAGAAGUCCUUCAAAACAGAAUCGCAGAAAUGAAGAAGGAGUUGGAAGUCAACCAAAAACAGCUUUCCUCAGCAGUGAGAGCAAAGACCAGUGCCAAGGACGAGAGGCCAUCUGCGAAGGGGGUGGGGUCCAUCCUAGGAGUGGGAAUGAUCACAUUUGUGUUAGUGACGAUUGUAUGUAGUGACUUGCCAAUGAUCUACAGACAAGUCCGGUACGGGUCAUAAACAAUUCUAAUACUUAACAAAUCUAUAUAACCAAGAUAUCUACUUCCAUAAACAAUUCUCAUACUUAACAAAUCUAUAUAACCAAGAUAUAUACUUCCAUAAACAAUUCUCAUACUUAACAAAUCUAUAUAACUAAGAUAUCUACUUCCACAAACAAUUCUCAUACUUAACAAAUCUAUAUAACCAAGAUAUCUACUUCCAUAAACAAUUCUCAUACUUAACAAAUCUAUAUAACCAAGAUAUCUACUUCCACAAACAAUUCUCAUACUUAACAAAUCUAUAUAACCAAGAUAUCUACUUCCACAAACAAUUCUCAUACUUAACAAAUCUAUAUAACCAAGAAUCUACUUCCAUAAACAAUUCUCAUACUUAACAAAUCUAUAUAACCAAGAUAUCUACUUCCAUAAACAAUUCUAAUACUUAACAAACCUAUAUAACCAAGAUAUCUACUUCCAUAAACAAUUCUCAUACUUAACAAAUCUAUAUAACCCAGAUAUCUACUUCCACAAACAAUUCUCAUACUGAACAAAUCUAUAUAACCAAGAUAUCUACUUCCACAAACAAUUCUCAUACUGAACAAAUCUAUAUAACCAAGAUAUCUACUUCCACAAACAAUUCUCAUACUUAACAAAUCUAUAUAACCCAGAUAUCUACUUCCACAAACAAUUCUCAUACUGAACAAAUCUAUAUAACCAAGAAUCUACUUCCAUAAACAAUUCUCAUACUGAACAAAUCUAUAUAACCAAGAAUCUACUUCCAUAAACAAUUCUCAUACUUAACAAAUCUAUAUAACCAAGAUAUAGACUUCCAUAAACUAUCUGCUGUACAACGUAUGUUAUGCACAAUGUCAUUUCACAGUUUAAAAUAUCACGUGGUCAAACAGUUAUUUUUUUUUUUACAUGACAGCCGUCUCUAUUGACGAAAAAUAUUAAAUGUUUGGUUGUUUUUACACCGUUUCAUACACUCUAUGAAAGUCUGUAUUCACCAUAUUCUCACUAUUUCUAAAUCAUCUUCCCUUGGAACAGGAAAAAUAAUUUUCUUUUGCCAAUGAUGCUUUGUGUCAAUUACGGUUGUGAUUGGCCUAGUUGCUAUGGAGGUGAAAAGUUAUUAGCUGUGUCAAAAGGUAUAAUAAACUUUACAUGUUUAUGUGUCACCUUCAAUCUACAUCUUGUACCAGUUUUGACACCGGCAUGACUAAUCUAAUACUUAUAGCUGGUUUUGGCUAUAUUUAGCUCUAAAACUUCAUAGUUAUUUCGGAUUUCAAACAUUUCGGUUGAGCAUCACUGAAGAGACAUUAUUUGUCGAAAUGUGCAUCUGGUGCAUCAAAGUUGGUACCGUAUAAGUUUUACAUUACAAUAGAGGGAAAGAGAUCACGUAACACUUUGUCCGCAAAAUGCAAUUUAUUUCUUCAUCGAAAUAACGACAACUUGCCAUGUUUACAUUUUGCCUGAAUAUGUUAUAUUUGUAUUUCAUUGUGUACCCAAAAUUAAAUAUUUUUU